GCUGUUGCUGACCGGCGUGGAUGGACCGAGGGCGGCCGACCCCGCCUCGACCGGCACCACGGUGCGCAGGACAUGCCAGGCACGUGGGUUCUGACGGCCGGCGAGGGCAGGCUGAGGAGACCGGCUGUGACCAGGCCAGACCUGCUCAUUUUUAAAAAAUCCUUUUGAUUUUUAUUUGUUAAACUGAAAAAUAAACUGCACUGGGCGCUCGGUGCCGCUGCCAUGAACGGGCUGUCGGUGAGCGAGCUGUGCUGCCUCUUUUGCUGCCCGCCCUGCCCCAGCCGGAUAGCAGCCAAGCUGGCCUUUCUGCCCCCGGAGCCUACGUAUGCCAUCGUCCCCGAGCCGGAGCCCGCAGGCAGCGCCAGCACCACUUCCCUGAGAGGAGGCGCGGCAGGGCGAUGGAAGCUGCAUUUGACGGACCGGGCGGAUUUCCAGUACGCCCAGCGGGAGCUGGACACCAUCGAGGUGUUUCUAACCAAGAGCGGCCGUGGGAACCGGGUCGGCUGCAUGUAUAUCCGCUGUGUGCCCGGUGCCAGGUUCACGGUGCUCUUCUCCCACGGCAACGCUGUGGAUCUGGGCCAGAUGUGCAGCUUCUACAUUGGCCUAGGCACCCGUAUCAACUGCAACAUCUUCUCCUACGACUACUCGGGCUACGGCGUGAGCACGGGGAAGCCCUCGGAGAAGAAUCUCUACGCCGACAUCGACGCGGCCUGGCAGGCCCUGAGGACGAGGUACGGGAUCAGCCCAGAGAACAUCAUCCUGUACGGGCAGAGCAUCGGCACGGUGCCCACCGUGGACCUGGCCUCGCGCUACGAGUGUGCCGCCGUGGUGCUGCACUCGCCCCUCACCUCGGGCAUGCGGGUGGCCUUCCCCGACACUAAGAAGACGUACUGCUUUGACGCCUUCCCCAACAUCGAGAAGGUGUCCAGGAUCACAUCGCCCGUCCUCAUCAUCCACGGCACGGAAGACGAGGUCAUCGACUUCUCGCACGGCCUGGCGCUGUACGAGCGCUGCCCCAAGGCCGUGGAGCCCCUGUGGGUGGAGGGGGCGGGCCACAACGACAUUGAACUGUACAGCCAGUACCUCGAGCGCCUGCGGAAAUUCAUCUCCCAGGAACUGGCCAACCAGCGCAACUGAGCCCCCGGCGCCACCUCUUCCUCACGUCCGGAGCAGGGAUCGGGCCCUGCUGCUCCGCCAGAGGAGGGCGACCGGCCUCGCCUGCAGCUCACGCUGAGGCUGGCGAGCGGGAGGGUCCCGGCGCGUGCUCAGCUGUACAUUGUGUGGCCCAGCAUGGUGCUCCGGGCUUGGCCCGUCCGCCUCCCAGCCAGGCCCUGCAGACGGGACGUGCUGGGCGGAUCCCGUUUCAGCCUGGCCAGCCCGGCUAGAGUCCCCGUCUUGUCUUCACUGUGGGCUGGGGAAAGGCCCCCGGCUCCACCUUCCUGACUCCUGCGCCUCGGGCCCAGGCGGCUUUCAGUCCGUCUCCAGAGAUUGUGGGUUCUGGCCCCCGUCACGUCAAGAGUCGCCAGCAGCUCAGGAGCCCCCUUUGCCCAGCGUGCGGCCGUUCGGAUCCUGCCACCCAGCCGUCCCGGAGUCCCGGCCAUAGCCCGAGGCCUUUUCCUAGCAGGGAUCUGAUCACUGCAUGAGACACCUU